GCGAUCGCAUGGCUGCUGGCACGUGUGGCGCUAUCGAGAGCCAUCGCGCGCAGCGCCCUCCACGCCCGUAGAGUCGCCGCAGCGGAGAAGGCGCCUUGGCGUCCUUGAAGCUGGCGACAUGUGCAUGUACUGUAGGCUGUCGUACGGUACGAUGCCCAUAUCCGGGUACUGGCGUGGCUGGCUGGCCUCAUUGUCGGGGAUUUGCCCAGUACACUCAUUGACUACAACACACACAUACACGAUGACGAACGCAGAGGCCACGGCGGUACACGCGAUCGUUGUCACGCCCAGCGACGGCCUCGUCUUUGCGGACGGCCGCGCCACGAUCACGCUCACCAACCCCAGCAGCACGGACUGCGUGGCAUUCUCGGUACGUCCGAGCUCGGCGUACAAGGUCAAGCCCAACCACGGUGUGCUCAAGCCGGCCGGCGGCAUCGCGCUGCUCGUGACACCGCUUGACGCGGCGCGGCACCUACGCGACGACCUCACCGUGCAGUCGGUGGGCGUCGAGGCGUCGUACUGCCGUGCCCUCGGGGCGCAAGCCGCACCCGACGCCGCAAACGCGCUCGUCCAGCUCUGGGCCAACGUCGACACCGACCACGUCACGAGCUACCGCGUCUUUGUGCAGAAGCGAGCUUCCAUGCGGCUCGAUACGAUCAUCACACCCGUAUUGGACCCGACAAAGGCCAGUUCCAUGCAAGUCGACGGCCUCUCGUUUGUGCUCGCGCCCGAGUCGCCCGUGACGGUCCUCGUGCGCAACCCGAGCGCCCGGGACAGCGUCACGUUCCAGGUCAUGGCGUCGCAGCCCAAACGCUACCACGUGCGGCCCAACCACGGCGUCCUCGGGCCCAUGAGCCAGAUCCGCGUCCAGAUGCUUCUCAAACCUGCCUACUGCGACAAGCUGCUCCGCGCAACACAAGCGACCCGCGACCUCCUCAAGGACAAGAUCUCGGUCCAGGCGCUGACGCUGUCGCCCGAGUUUUGCCGGCAGCUGACCAAGAAGGCGUCGAAAGAGGUCAUUGACGACCUCACGACGCUCUGGAUAUGCGCCGAGAAGAAGCGCAUUGUGACCAAGAAGCUGCGGUGUCGCUUCGAGCUGUCGGCGGGCGGGCCCAUGACGUGGCACCUCGCGCUGACACCGACGAUGGACUUUGCGCCGGCGGUCGAACUCAUGCACGAGGACGCCAACGUCGUAGUCAAGAAAGGACCGACGAGUCGCAAUGUCCCGCCGCCGGCCAAGUACUGUGAUUGCGAGAUCAUGUGAGAAGACGAUGACGCUCUUCUGCUAGGCAAGACGACGCCGACUUAAUGAAUUGGGUCCUUUGCGUCUACCAAGGCCGCCCCGUUCUGUGU